AUGCCGCACAAAUUCAACUUUGCGGUUGAUGUAAUCGACAAAUGGGCAGAUCAACGGGACGAUUUGCAGGCCAUGCACUGGGUAUCGCAAGACGAAUCAAACACCAGGCACAUGACCUUCAAGUACUUUUCCAGGCAAUCCCAUAGAAUUGCUAUCCUCCUUGAUCAAUUAGGGUUCGGGAAAGGGGAUACUAUGACGAUGGUUCUCCCAAGAGUGCCUGCAUGGUGGGAGGUCGCGCUUGCGGCCAUCCGCAGCGGAAUCAUUCUAUCGCCAGGGCCGAAUCUCCUGACUGAGAAGGAGAUUCAAUAUCGGUGCAAUAAAACCAAAUCGAGACUGUUUGUCGGCGACGAAACGAGCGUGUCGAAGUUUCUUGCCGUGCGUCAACAUUGUCCGACAGUCAAGCAUAUCAUACGAGUCGGGGAUGGUACUAGGAGUCAAGACGUUUCUUCUCUGUAUGCCGCACUAGAAGAUAUCGAGACUCAUGCCAGAUUCGACUCGUUGUACCAAGAAUGGAGCAGUCCAGCCAUGAUCUAUUUCACUUCUGGAACGUCUGGUCACCCGAAAAUGGUAAGGCAUAACCAGGUUAUGCUCUCUCUAGCAAGAGGAAUCGCGUUCGGACAAUGGUAUCAGCUGGCUCCAGGCAAAGUCCUUUGGAACACUGCGGACCAAGGUUGGGCAAAGGCUGCAUGGUCUUUCUUCGGAGCUUGGAACUCUGGCGCAACGCUCUUCGUGCACGAUGAUCGUGGAGCGUUCAGUGCAAAGCGCACCGUGGAUAUACUGUGCCGGUACCCGAUAACUACCCUAUGCGCCGCUCCGCUCAUCUUUAGACAACUCGUGUCACCCGAACUAGAAGAUCAUUUCAAGCGAAAUCCUCCCGCUGCGCUAGCUCAUUGUACAACGGCUGGAGAAGCGCUGAACGCUAUAGUCACCCAGCGAUGGCGUCAACUUACCGGUCUCGACAUCUACGAAGGAUAUGGCCAAACAGAAACCGCAUUGUUAUGUGCCAAUCUGAAAGGCUCCACGAUCCGCCCAGGCUCCAUGGGGAAACCAGCACCUGGAGUACCUCUCCACAUCAUAACGGCAACCGGAGCUGAGGCUGCUCAUAACGAGGAAGGAGAUAUAGCAGUGCUGUUGAGUGACCGGAAGGGCAGCAGUAACUUCUUCGGUAUCUUCGAUGGCUAUGUGCAGGAAGAUAAUACGUGCACCCGUAAUGAAAGAACCGUUACGGUGGAUGGGGAAGUCAAGUCCUACUACCUAACCGGUGACAGAGCAACUCGUGAUCAAGAUGGUUACUUCUGGUUUGUGGGGCGAGCGGAUGAUGUUAUCAACUCCUCUGGAUACCGAAUAGGUCCUUUCGAAGUAGAAUCCACGCUCAAGCUACACCCUGCCGUCGCAGAAGCUGCCGUCAUAUCCUCGCCAGAUCCAGGAAGAGGAGAAGUCGUGAAGGCAUUUGUCGUUCGUACGAGAGAGUACGAGAAUGCUCCACCUCAAGAACUUGAACAGGAGCUGCAAACGUUCUGCAAGAAGAACGCAGCACCAUACAAAUAUCCACGAAAACUGGAGUUCGUAGAAGGCAGUUUCCUUCCUAGAACUACGAGCGGCAAGAUUCAACGGGCCUUGCUAAGGAAAUUAGAAUGGCGAAAGGAAGCAGGCUCGAAACUCUAA